GACGCCGCCGAUUCCAGUGUACCGCGCGCGCCCCACGCGAGCGGCUGUGUGGGAGAAUAUAACGUAUCGUGGAAGCCUUUUCCGAUCUCCCGACGGAUCUACACGCCUGUGCAGUUCGAAAUAAUUAGACAAGAAAAUCAUUAUAAUGGGUUUAUUCGUGUAAGAAAACUAAAGUUAAGUGUAAGUUAAAAAAUAAAAAUGGCGGCUGCCAUGAUAAAGGACCGUGGGCUACGAAAGAAAUUAACCCAGGAAGCCAUACCGGAGAAAACACCUAAAAAGCCUUCGAAGCGUAAAUCAACGCCGAGUAGUUCUAAGAACGACAAGAAAAACGAACAAAAUAAUAAUAAAAGACCAAAAAUACAGACGGGUGAUCCAAAAGUAGAUUUAUUUUCUACCUACCAGCCGUGGGUGAUCCAGACAUAUGGAGAUUUGGCAAAAACAAAAACUAUAACGUUAAAAAAGUACGCUAGAAUUCUUCGAACCCUGCGCGGCGAAGAAUGUAACAGUUCCGACAGUUCCAAGUUUCGUUUUUGGGUAAAAGCAAAAGGUUUUCAUGUGGGUAGGCCGACGGGUUACGAUGCGAAACCUGCCGACGGCAUAGUUUGCAGGUACAGCGUCGCUGAUGCAGAGGGUUGCGCCCGUGGUCCUGAUGGACAGGAAAUAUAUACAGGAUCUCAAAAUGAUCCUCCAUUAUAUAUACCGACUCCACCUUUAAAGAAUGCGCCAAACCAAGAACCAGUGUAUCGCAAGGUGGCGAUAGUAGAAAACUUUUUUGACAUCAUCUACACUGUUCAUGUUGAAUUGGAAGGAAGACCAGGCAAACAUGCAGGACAGAAGCGAACAUAUCGAACUAUAACGGAGACUUACGCAUUUCUCCCUCGAGAAGCAGUCACGCGCUUCCUGACCGGAUGUGCGGAGUGCGCACGGCGCCCGCGCAGUGCCUCUCCUCCUCCACUCCCGACACCGUCACCCUCGCCCACAAGACACCCUACCUACCUACCAUUUCUACCCCACUGCGCGCCAGACUAUACCAGAAAUUGGGAAUCCGAAAUCGACGCAGCACAAAAUUACUCAUUUGAACCGAAAUUCGAUUACACUGAUCUACAGCCUCUUAAAAAAGUUGAAAGUCCUAAACCCGCUGAAGAAGAAGAACCUACAUACAUAGAGUUAACUUCAAAGAAAAGCAAUGGAUUUGAUGCAACCACACUCUUUAAUAGAAGUUCCUCUGUUGAACCCUUCCGAGAAGAAGAACCAGUGAGAACUGAUCCUGAAAUAGACAAAGAUGAUAGUGUCAUUGAUGUUGAAGAUGUCAGAUCUGACAGUCCACCUCCUUUAAUCCAUCAGAAGAAAGAAGAAUUAAAUAAUACAGAAGAAGUGCAUAGUGAAAAUACUAGGGCGGCAGAAGACAGUGAAGUGGAUAAUACGGAUAGUAAAAGAGAAAAGAAAUACAAUCCGUUAGACGUGGCAAACUUAACGUCGAAAGAUCCACCAAAGUCGAGGUCGCCACCGCGAAAAAAGUUGUUACCCUCGAGUAUAGACUACCUUCAUUCCUAUGGGAGGCUACCGAAACCGUGGAGGCCUGACGGCGGAGUGUUUUAUGGCGGAGAUGAUAUGGACUACAGCGUGCCAAUUACCACAGCGUACUUGAAACAUAUGCGCAGCAUGGGGUGCCAUGAUCGCAUGGACUUGGACAAUAAGGAUAACCUAACUCCAGAACCGGUAGACAUGAAUGAUGAUGACAACUAUUCUAGUCAUGGCUACGCGAAAGACGCUGAGAAGUUGAAAAUGAUGUUGCUGGCAUGGAAUUAUCACAGCCAGGCGCAAGGCCGUAACGGUGACAUGACAGAGAGCGGCACAGACAGCAUGGCGGAUCUAUGGGCAUCCUAUCACAGCGCCCUGGGCUUGGGCAGUAAGCCCCCCAAACCGCCAACCCCUCUCGCUACCGGACACUCGGUGAGUUUUAAGAGUCCAAUUCACAUUGGGUCAGCAACACCAGUGGAACCAGCGUCUACCCACGAUGAGACUUCAUCAUCAGAUCGGACAAAAGACGAUGAUGACGGCGGAGCAUCAGACGAUGACAGUGAUGAUAGAGUUGAUCCUCAACACCACGAUCCGGAACGGCUAAAAGCGUUUAAUAUGUUCGUCCGUCUCUUCGUCGACGAGAAUCUAGACAGAAUAGUUCCUAUUUCAAAACAGCCAAAGGAGAAAAUUCAGGCUAUAAUAGACUCUUGCACUCGACAAUUUCCGGAGUUCGCUGAGCGUGCCAGAAAGCGAAUCAGGACAUACUUGAAGAGUUGUAGGCGGAAUAAGAAGGUGCGAGGUGACGGGCCCACAACCGGCAACGGGGGAAGCACUCCGUCUGGCAAUGCCUGGGAUACCGCGGUACGCCCAACUCCCGCGCACCUGACGUCGGUACAGGCGGAGCACAUCCUGGCGCAGGCGUGCGAGAACGAGAGCCUGAACGCGAAGCGCAUGCGUCUCGGACUAGACCCUGUAAGCCAGCCAAUGCCCACUGUGCCUACGCCUAUGGCCAUCGACACAACAGCGACGUCGGCCGUGGCGUCGUCGUUCCUGAGCCUGUACAGCGGCGCCAUGAGCAGCCCCGCCACGUCGGUGACGAGCUCGGCCAACACGACGCCGGCGAGCGCGCACGGCAAGGCGCCGCCCGACACCACGCGCCCGUCCGCCAGCCCCACGCUCGACAGCACGCUGCUCAACAACAACAGCUUGAAGCUGGACAACGCCAACGGGAACACUGGCAGCAAGACGGCCAGCCCUGCGUCAUCUCCGGCACCAUUAUUCAGACCUACGUUCCCAAACACAUUCGGGAACCCGCCGACAUUCGGGAGACAGAGCUCAAGCACCAAUCCCACGUCAGCACUUUCCAGUACUGCUCUUCUAUCAACACUGACGGCUCUUCCACCAACUGGUGUUGGAGUAAACGCCGCAAUGGCCGCCUAUCAAAGCGCCCUGUUAUCCGCAAUGGCUGCGCACACGCACACAUUCCCAAAUUUGACAGCCCCAACAGACCUGUCGCUGAAAACAUCUGUAUCUACGCCCCUACACGCGACAUCCACUUCAUCAUCUCUCUCAGGAUCAGGAUCGCAGAAGUCGCUUCUCUCCCACAAGCUAUCCGGCGCUGAAGUUGGAGCUGUACGACAACUGAUCACGGGAUAUCGUGAAUCUGCUGCGUUUCUUCUUCGAUCAGCUGACGAAUUAGAGGCUCUGCUUUUAAACCAACCCUAGGACACACCUAAAACGUUGUCGGAUCUAUUCGGAUUCAAAUUCGGAUAUUUCUAAACGGACAUAAUGUGCAAUGUGCGGAUAAAUUAUUUCAAGUGAUUUUGGCAGUUAUUAUAUCUGUUUGAAUAGAAAACUUUUAAGACCAUAAGCUAUAUGAAAUCAGCUGUUGUGUCAAAGUAAAAUUAUAAAGCUGUGGUCAUAUUGAAGCGAAAUUACGUUAGGAAUCCUAAAAUAUGGAUUUGAAAAUUAACAACUUUUGCGACUAUCAUGAAAAUAUUAUAUUAUUAUUGUACGACUUUAUUUGCCAUUCUAUUAACAAUAAUAUUAUAUGUAUUGCGUCAGUGUUUGAGAUACAUUAAUAGAAUGACAUCUACAAUCGUCUUAAAUAUUAAUUUAAAUGACUUUGUUGCGUUGUUAUGACAUUUGUCUAUGGGACAUUGAAAA